AUGGCAGCGACUACGAGUUCCUAUGAGGAAAAUGUUUCGCAAUCGAGCGUCCAUGAAUUACGGAAAGAUGAGGAAGUAUCGGUCACUGAAACAAAACCUCAACUUUUAGAAGGUGAACAGAACACCCAUCUUCGCAAAUCUUUCUCUUUAUGGUCGAUUCUCGGUGUUGGUUUCGGUUUAACUAAUUCGUGGUUUGGUAUUUCUGCUUCGAUGGUAACAGGUAUUUUGUCAGGUGGUCCAAUGAUGAUUGUAUAUGGUAUUCUGAUCAUUGCAUGCAUCUCCGUUUGUAUUGGUGUGUCUUUGGGUGAAUUAUCUUCAGCUUACCCACAUGCAGGUGGCCAAUUCUGGUGGUCUUUGAAGCUGGCCCCUCCAAAAUAUAAACGUUUUGCCGCUUAUUUGUGUGGAUCUCUUGCUUGGGCCGGUUCUGUAUUCACUAGUGCAUCCACCACUCUAUCGGUAGCUACAGAACUUGUCGGCAUGUAUGCUUUAACUCAUCCAGAUUUCACGGUUCAAAGAUGGCACGUGUUUGUUUGCUUUGAACUAUUGCAUCUGUUUUUGAUGCUGUUUAAUUGCUAUGGUAAAUCUCUGCCGUUGAUUUCGUCAAGCUCUUUAUACAUCUCUCUGUUUUCUUUCAUCACUAUUACCAUCACUGUCUUAGCGUGUUCACACGGAAACUAUAACGAUGCCAAGUUUGUUUUCGCCACUUUCUACAAUGAAACCGGGUGGACUAACAGUGGAAUGGCAUUUAUUGUCGGUCUCAUCAAUCCUGCAUGGUCAUUUUCUUGUUUGGAUUGUGCGACCCAUAUGGCCUUUGAAGUUGAAAAACCCGAGCGCAUCAUCCCUAUUUCCAUCAUGGGUACCGUGGCUAUUGGAUUUGUAACUUCAUUUUGCUACUGUAUUGCCAUGUUCUUUUCGUUGCAUAACCUCGAUGAUAUCAUUAACUCCAAUACCGGUGCUCCAAUUUUGGAUAUUUACUAUCAAGCGCUAGGAAACAAGGCAGGUGCCGAAAUUCUUGGAUGCUUGAUUCUAUUUACCUCGUUUGGUUGCGUUAUUGCCUGUCAUACUUGGCAAGCAAGAUUGUGCUGGUCUUUUGCUCGUGACAAAGGUUUGCCAUUUUCAAAUGUUUGGGCAAAGGUUAAUCCUGAGUUAGGUGUGCCAUUGAAUGCUCAUUUGAUGUCAUGUGGUUUGAUUGUUCUUUUGGGAGUUCUGUACCUUGCUUCCUCCACUGCAUUCAACUCUUUGAUCACCGGCUGUAUUUCCUUCUUACUUCUAUCUUAUACUGUACCCGUGAUUUGUUUGCUAAUAAAGAAGCGCCAAAUCCCACACGGACCAUUCUGGUGGGGAAAAUUCGGUUUGCUUUGUAAUAUUGUUCUCUUAGGUUGGACCGUCUUUGCCUUGGUUUUCUUCUGUUUCCCAUUUGUUAUGCCUGUUGACAGAAACAACAUGAACUACGCUGCUGUCGUCAUUGUGGGCUAUAUCAUUUUUACCUUAAUUUACUGGAGAUUCAGAGGUCGCUACGAAUUCCAUGCCAUGGAAGAAGAGGAGUAUAAGGAAGAAGAUUCCCCUGAAAGGGAGCAAGUGGAUACCAGCCUGUGA